GGAUGAAGCAGUUGUGAUCUCGGGGAGGAAGUUGGCACGGCAGAUCCGGCAGGAAGCUCGUCACGAGGUGGAGCAGUGGGUAGCAGCAGGAAACAAGAGGCCUCACCUCAGUGUCAUCCUCGUGGGAGAAAACCCAGCCAGUCACUCCUAUGUCCUCAACAAGACCAAAGCUGCUGCUGACGUGGGAAUCAGCAGUGAGACCAUCCUCAGACCAGCUUCCAUCACCGAGGAGGAGCUGCUGGAUUUGAUCAGCAACCUCAAUAAUGAUGCCAACGUGGAUGGCCUCUUGGUACAGCUUCCCCUGCCUGAACACAUCGAUGAGCGCAAGGUUUGCAACGCAGUGAGCCCAGAGAAGGAUGUUGAUGGUUUCCACGUGAUCAACGUGGGACGUAUGUGCCUGGACCAAUACUCCAUGCUGCCUGCCACGCCCUGGGGCGUGUGGGAGAUCAUCAAGAGGACUGGCAUCCCAACGCUGGGGAAGAACGUGGUGGUGGCUGGCAGGUCGAAGAACGUGGGCAUGCCCAUUGCCAUGCUGCUGCACACCGACGGCAGGCACGAGCGCCCCGGAGGUGAUGCCACAGUGACAAUAUCCCAUCGCUACACUCCCAAGGAGGAGCUGAAGCAGCACACGAUCCGUGCGGAUAUCGUGGUGGCAGCAGCAGGCAUCCCCAACCUGAUCACAGCUGAUAUGAUCAAAGAAGGAGCUGCAGUGAUUGAUGUGGGGAUAACCAGAGUGCAGGAUCCUGUCACAGCCAAGUCAAGGCUGGUUGGGGAUGUGGAUUUUGAAGGGGUGAAGAAGAAGGCAAGUUACAUCACCCCAGUCCCCGGGGGCGUCGGGCCGGUCACGGUGGCCAUGCUCAUGAAAAACACCAUUAUCGCCGCCAAGAAGCUGCUGAAACCCAAAGAGCUGGAAGCAUUAACUGCUUAAUGUGGGACCUUUAGCACUGAAAAACCAACAUUCCAAACUGACUCC